UGGAUUGGGGAAGGAAAUGCUUAUUGAUUUCAAAUCCUAAAUAAUAACCAAGAAAUGCUCACUUCUGAAAAAAAAACUUCAUUUUUGGCAUUAGGAAUGGACGCUGCUUCCCUCUCUGUGACCUGCCCCUGCCAGAAAUGUGCACUGGCUGCCGGACGCAACAAUGGUGACCCGAACCACGAGCAUGUCGAGGGUCGAAUGGACGUACCCAUGCGCAGUUUUUUCGCAGAAUACUACCCUAACCUCGUUCGUCUUUACCGCUCCAUCGGUGUCAAGUUUCACGAUGCAGACAAUACUCUUGCAUGCUUCGAUGUCACCUUCGAUUCUGACUCCCGGACAUCCUCGUCAACGCCCUCUUCAGAAUCCAGUCGACUGAAGCAAAAUGUCAACAUCAAGGCACCAUACCUAUCCUCCAGAUCCUAUAAAGUCAGCUCAGACCAUACCAUCACCCUGCCAGAUCUACCGCCGCUCUCGAUCCUCAACCCAUACCCCUUUGGUCGUCGUCUCCUGGGUUAUUUCCGCAUCGCUCGCGACUACGUCAAGAUGUUAACGGUAUCGAAAGAAUUCAUGACCCAAGGACGUAUGAUGGAGAUUGGCAAGGAUCCAUCCGAGUGGGGCAAUGGACGCCAGGCCAAUCUGCGGGAGUUCCUGGUUAAUGGAGGAUACAGUCACGAUUUUUCGGCAUUCUUUGUUCCACUCUUUGCCUGUGUCUGCACAUGCAGUUUUGAUCGGAUGAUGGAGUACCCCGCCUGCGUAGUCCUCGAGUACGUUGCAAGGUGCAUGCCCUUUGGUCGUAUGCAGUUCGUCUCCUCGGGCGUCAGGGAAGUGACCGAGAACCUCUCCAAAAAUAUUGGCGCUAUUCACUACAACAGCAUGGUCGAGAAGAUCAUCGAGUCAGAAUCUGAGAAUGGAAAGGCGACUGGACCCAUUAUUUUGAUCGACUCCAAGGGCGUGCACAGAGAGUUUGAUCACGUCAUUUUUGCCACCCAGGCGAACCAGGCUGCGACAAUGUUGGCGGGUCAGAAGGCGAGCAAGCCCUUGCCGAAGCCCUAUGUCACCGCGCGAGAGAAGGGUGAUGACGAAUCGAAUUAUGGACGCAUGGAGGACCAUGACCUGACGGACCCAGAGACGCCCAAGGAUGUUUCCGCGAACACGAUUACUAAGAGUCACCCGUUCUACAGCCAGAUUCAGACAUUGCUGAAGUUCCCGUAUGAGAGGACGCAGGUUGUUUGCCAUACCGAUACGUCGUUCCUGCCCAAGGAUCCUGGUUCAUGGAGGUUGCUGAAUAUUGCCAAAUCUACUGCCGCUAACAUCCUUGCCUCGCCCUUUGACAUGGUCACCGCCGAAUUGGAGCAACAACGGGAGCGUGAAGGAUCCACUAGGUUCUCGAUCAAAUCAUUUAUCACUAGUGGUGAGUCUGAACUCAAGAACAGGAAGAAGGGCCAUGACUCUGGUAUUUCGAGCCCAGAGUGGCAGAGCGGCUCGACUACCCCCACAUCGACUGCUUCUCAGAGUUACAAUUCUGCAAUGGCUACGCAUAUCAUGAACAACACGGCUUCGUCGCUCGGCACAACUACCAAGUUCCUCCAGACCACCAAUCCGAUCUUCCAGCCCAAGCCCGAGACCGUCAUUUCUUCAGCUUGGUUCGAGCGCGCCGUUGUCAACCCAGAAUCGAUGAAGGCCGUUGACGAACUGAACCAGCAGAUGGAGGAUCAGGUCGAACGUCUUCUUGCUGCCGCCAAGAUGGGAACUCAGUCGGCCUCAAUUUCUGACCGCGUCUGGUUCGUCGGAAGCUACGCCUACCCAGGUAUCCCGCUUUUGGAGGGAUGUGUCGUCAGUGCGGUCCAGGUGAUGGAGCGCAUUGUCGCCGCAGAGCCCCGCCAUCAUCUGGCUGCAUCGAUCUCAGCCGCAAAGGAGUCGUUCCUGAAGCGCGAUGAGCCCAUGCGUGAACGUCGACUACGUCGCAAGCAAGAGAUGGAGCGGAAGCCGACCGGCGACAACUCUGCGAGCGCUGUGUACUUCAAGACCGCGUGGAAAGAUACGCUCGAGGAUGAGAGUAUCUGGGAGGAGCAGGAGAAGACUCGUGAUGAGGCGAAGCGGGAGAUUGCGCGGUCCGGGAAGGGGCACUUUUCGAGCGCUGUGGGGUCUUGGACGUCGAAUGUCUAUGUUGAAGUAGCAUGGAUGUUGCUGCUGUAUAUCGCGGCAAUUGUGCAAUGGUGGAUGGUCUUUGUGCUAGAGAGCGCAGGUUUCGACGGCAGUCGAUGGGCCCUGGCAUAAACAAAAUGCCAUAUACCCUGCUCAUCGUGGCGCUAUUCUUAAGCAAAGCAUAUGAAGUCUACACAAGGAACGUUUUUGUAUAGUACAGUAAUAAACAUAGUAUAGUAUUGUCCAAAGAGUGCGAUUUGGACAGAGGAGGC